AUGAGUUAUAAGGUAGGAGAUGGAGAUAGGUCUGAUGCUAAUGGGCUACCGCUGGCACGUAGGUCGCCCUCGAUUUUGGUGACCGAUUCGAGGUCUUCUCGAAAGAGGAUGAGUGCACCUUUUGCUGGACAUGCAGCAGGAGUAAGAAGUCGUGAUGAGCUGCCGAACAUGAAGUCUUCUGGUUCUUUUGGCAAUAAGGUUUCGAAUAAGAGAAGAACUUCUGGAAGAUUUAGUGAGAUUUCUAUCGACAAUAUAUUGUCUGAGAUGUCCGAUGUGCCGUCUGGGAGAAGAGAGGAGCGUCUAUCCAGUUCAUCUGCGGACAGACAUUAUGCUUCUGAUAAGCCACGUUCACUUAACUAUUCCAAGAUGAUCAAUCCGCUGCCUGCGAGAACUUCCAAGACUUCACAAAAACUGGUUUUGAUUCCUGAAGAGGCAGACGGUCGAGAGUCAUCAGCAAACGCCUUUUCUCGUAAGAGAUCGACGACAUCAAUGAAAGGGUACGGUGAAAGUGCUCGUCAUGCUAAGAAAGAUGAAAAGCUCGCUAGAAUUACGGCAUAUAAUGUGGCAGAAGGGUUCAAUUUGAAGUUAAUGUCGAAGUUUCUCAAGUGUACCCAUGAAGUGUCACCAAGAAUGUACGAUGAAUGUCUUUAUGUUGCGUACACUUUGCCGCUGCUUCUUGGGAAGGAUGGUUUCAGAGUGAAGUCUAACAUUUCAAAAAAAGUUGUAGGUGGGAAGACUCUUAUUGAAAAGCUCAUUGACACAAGUGAGCAGAGAGAUCACCAUUACGAGUAUUAUUCUGGUGUUGAAACGCUCGAAGAUGCACGAAAUGCCUUCGAGUUAGAUCCCACUGCAGUCUUGGUCGAAAACGAUCCCAACAUUAUCCCAAACCAUUUGCCUAACCCACCAGGGAAUCUGGAUUCUUUUGACCCCAGUGAACCGCAGUUCUUUGCAGAAGAGACUCCAACGGAGCAAAAAUUGCGAGAACGAAGAGAGCAAUUUAAUAUGCCGGCCAAUAACAAACGCCACGGUACAACGAGUAGUGGAGAUCAGCACGCCGAAAUCUUUAUUUUCCGUUACGGUGUCAUAGUCUUUUGGAACUUUACGGAGAUACAAGAGAAGAACAUCUUGGGGGAUAUAGCUUUUGCUGACUAUAAAAACCUUGUUAUAAGGCCAUUAGACGAGCAGGAUAUUGAGAGAGAGCAGUUCCACUUCGAUUAUGAUAAGGACACUGAAAGGCCGCGAAUCUUUAAUGAUAUCGUAACGUUGAGGUCUGGGGAUCAUAUCAUUGAGCUUACACUCUCACACGCCAUUGCACAGUCUUCGAAACUCUCGCGUUUCGAAUCACGAAUAUCGCCAAUACUAACAGCAGUUACCAAGCUUCCGAAAAGGUUAGCAUUAUAUGGUACCCUAGGUAUGAAAAGGGAACAGUUGUUGAAGAAAUCCGGCAAGUUGUUCAAGUUACGUGUAGAUGUCAAUCUAUCAUCCAGUGUUCUUGAUACACCGGAGUUUUUUUGGAGUUUCGAGCCAAGUCUGCAUCCACUAUACAUUGCAAUGAGAGAAUAUUUGGAAAUCGACCAGAGGGUACAAGUACUAAAUGACAGGUGCAAGGUCUUUCUUGAAUUCUUCGACAUUUGCGUUGAUUCAGUCGCAGAUCGAAAUAUAGCUCGUGUGACCUGGUGGUUCAUUAUCGCAAUAAUUGUUGGAGUUGUCUUCUCACUUUCAGAGAUCUUGGUAAGAUAUAUAAUCAUUCAAGGUUAA